UCAGCAUAAGCCCCCAAAAGUGAAACUUUCCCUCAGCAGCUAUGGAAACUGUUCCGCUGGACUGAGAUGCACUUCACAGGCUCCUCCCUGUCUCCUUGCUUUGACUUUCCCACCUCCAGCAGGCUGUCAUCCUCUGUUGGCAUUUGCAUAUUGCAGGGGAAUAAAACCUCAGUUCUCUCAGGGGUGAACCAGAGUGUUAUGGGAACUGAGCACUCGAAGAACAAGGAGCGAAGGAGCAUGGUUUUCCUUAGGAAAGGCCCGAAGCUGCCUGCAUGGGAAGAUGCCCUUCUAGCAGGGAGAGAGCCCAAGUCGCUGCUGAAACGGGGAUUGCGUUAUGUCAGCUUGAGCCUCAUCAUGAAAGGGAUGACCAGCACGCCUGACUUCUUGUGGGGACUGCAUGAGGUGCAGAAGCUGAACCUCUCACGCAACCAGCUGGUGGUGAUUCCUCCUUCCCUGGGGAAGCUGGACAGGCUGGUAGUGCUGAACUUGGGUGGCAACUGCCUCAAGUGCCUACCUAAGGAGAUUGGGCUGCUGAGGAACCUGAAGGUCUUGUUCGUCAAUAUGAAUUGCCUGAAAGAAGUGCCAGCAGAGCUCAGCUUAUGCAGGAAGCUGGAGGUUCUGAGCCUCUCACACAACUGCAUCUCACAACUGCCUUUGAGCUUCACCGACCUGACAAAUUUGAGGAAACUGAACCUCAGUAACAACCGCUUUGUUCAAAUUCCCCUCUGCAUUUUCGCCCUGAGAAGCUUAGACUUCUUGCACCUAGGGUCCAACAAGCUGGAAAACAUCGCAGAGAGUAUCCAGUAUCUGGUCAACCUGCAAAUCUUUAUCGUGGAAAAUAACAACAUACGCAGUCUGCCGCGUUCCCUGUGCUACAUCAGCACUCUGGAGUUACUGAACGCUGACUACAACGCCAUACAGACCCUCCCAGAUGACCUGUACCUGCUGCGCCGCCUGCGCCGCAUUGCCUGGAACCCCAUGGACAAAGGGCUCCACAUCGCCCACAACCCCCUGUCCCGGCCCCUGCCCGAGGUCGUCGAGGGGGGGCUGGAUGCCCUCUUCAGCUACCUCAGGGACAAAAAGGAGCACAACUGAGCUUCCGCUGAGCUUGGGAUUAAGCUGUCAUCAAGACUCAAUCGCAUCGGAGAGCUUUCCUGCACAGGCAUUUCCACUUCAUAAUGCUUGGAUUUUGAAGGCUAUGGAUGGCUUUAGUAACAGUUGGAGGAAAGCAAGUAAAGUAUGAUGGUCUUGGUUAAGUAUGGGAAGAGCAACUUUCUAAAAAUAGCCACUUCUGUAACCUUCAUGUUGUGGUACUUGGGGGUUUUUAUAGAAAAAAAAUACAACACAGUUGUGAUAAAAUAUUUGCUCUUCAUUUGAUAGGAACAAAUUAAAGCAGACUGCCAGACAUGCAGAAAUGUGUAUUUGACAGCUAUCAGGCUGAAGAAAUAUUAAUAUUAGUUAGACUUUCUCUCUGUGAUUGCAAUUGCUUUUCUACUCCUGCUCACUUCUUCAUACACAGGUAAACCAUGACAUAAACAAACACUGCUGCCCAAGUGAAUCUCAAGGAAAAUGUUUGCUUUUGGCAGUGAAUAUAUCCUGAGCUAUAUUAGCUCACAGACAAUAUAUUGCUGGUCAGUCCAAUACCAUUUGUUGUUUACCCCACAGCUGUGCUCUGGCCCGUAUAAAUUACAGGUAGAGAUUGCCAGUGAUGAGGCAAUUUGCCAGCUCUUUGGAAGUAGAUCCCAAAUGUCCCCAGAGCUCCUACUUUCCCUGGUGAGACAAGCAGCCCUUCACAUGGAGCCUCCCAGGAUGCUGAGAGCAGUGCUUCACAUCAGCUGGGAGCAGCAUCUGCACAGAGCACAGAAAGGACUGUGGCUUCUUCCCUGACACAAAGGAUGGAGUUGCUCAUUGCUAGAUGUACAACUGCUCUCCUUUCCCAUAUCCCUGCAAUCCGAGCUAUGGAGUAACUUUACUCAGGAGGCAGUACAUCUCCUAAAGGUGAAAUAUUUCUUUCAGGAAAAGCAGCAUCAACCCAGUCAUCACCUUAAGUAAGAGCUUCAAAAACAAAUAGUUAUUUCUGGGAUUUUCAGUAUCAGUCAGUAGCGUAAAAGUCAGGUCUUAUGUGGUUUCUCAUAUUGAUCUUCUGUGAAUGUCCUUCAUCAAAGUUUUAUCUGGUAAUAAAGAGGCAGUAUGAAAGAGCUGUUAAGAAUUUAUGCAACUUGGGGCUUUUUGUUCCCUCACACCAGUGUAAAACAGAAACAGCUCUGUUGAAAUCAGUUGAGAUAAACGCUUGUAAUGGCAGUGUAAGAGAGGAAUGAGACUGUAAUUCUUGAGCUAAUUAUGAGUUUUCAAAGCCGUUUUUAAAGUGCUUCCUAUGUCAAAUCUUAGGCAUUAUUUUCUAAAUCUUAAUUUGUUCAAAAUUAUGAAAGGCUGUGAAAGACUGAUCCUGCUUCUAGUGAAGUUAAUGGACAAUGCCUGCCUGAGAGGAAAACUCCUCAGCAGAGGUAGGAGCAGCCUAGUAACAGCAGACAAUUAUGUAAUUCAUAGAUACAUGUGAGUAAACCACCUUUGGUCACACUGACAUUAUUGGUGUGAUGUUGAAUGCCAGCAAUGAGAAAUUGGUGCUCACAGAAUAUUCCACCCUGGGUCUGCCUGCCUUGAUAUUUUAUUGUGUUGGAUUGUUUUGUGUAUGAUUUGUUAUCUUAAUUGAGAAUUUCAGUGUUAGGCCCAGAAACCAAAGUCUCCAAGUAUGCAGUCAAGGACAAAUCUUAUGUUUCUAGCAAACAUGAAAUAAUUUUGAAGGGUAUUUUUGCUCAAGCAUUAAGAAAACAAAUAUUUUGUGAAUUUUUGUUACUUAGUAUAUGUUUCAAAUGUUAAUGUAUUUUAUGUGUAGCUUUACAUAUAUUUAUUUCACCAUGCAAAAUUCCAAGUUUUUAAUGAACAAUGCAUCUAAUAAAUUAAUGUGUGAUUCCAUUAGAGACAAGGAAUAAAGCUGCAAUUAUUUUUAGAAAUACCAACAGAUAAUUCUUGGAGGGGAUUAAGGUCAGAUUAUUAACUUUUCUAAAUGCCCGUUUCAUAUCCCUAAGACUGGCAUUUGUGUAAACACUGCAAUAUUGCUUUGCAGGAAAAUUAGAUGCCUAUGGCAUUAAUCACCUGAAAAGAUUUUCCACAUGUCAGUACCCAGGAUUAUAUGACACCGGAUAGCCUCUGAUAUGAUCUGACUAGAAGAGGUAUGCACGGUAAUUUACAAGGAAGAUAUGAGGCUGGACUCUGUGCGUUCAUUAGGAUACCACUAUGAGGGUGAGAAACACAGAACAAUUCAAGAAAAUGAUCUCCAGACAGAGGAUUAAAAGGCGAAUUUGACAUAAUCAAAUGCAUCUGCAAAAGCAGUUAUAAUAUGAAGUGCAAUACCAAUAAUUUAAAACUAAAUUAUUCAAUUGAAUAAUAAUGACCUUUUACUCAAGCUAAUAAACCUUCGCAAGCAUAUGAAACACAUAAAAGUGACUGCCUUUUUAAACAGAAUAAUAAAAUUGAUUAAAUAAAUGGUGCUCUAAUGUAUAAUUCAGAUCUUACCAUUAAGAAAGUAAUUUCUACUGAUCUGCUUUAGUAUUUUUUUUCAUUCCUCAGUCAAGGCCUCUACAAAUACCUUUCUCAGAGGUACAGAAAAUUAUAUCUCAUGAUAGGGUAGUGCUCUGAAUUCUUCAUGUAAAAAGAAAAGACUGUAUGCCACUGUUAUUGUAUAGAAACAUGCAUGAAAGGCAAAUAGUGACAUAUGUAUUUGCAUCUGAGUGGGAGGAAGACAGAAGAGGCAAGCAAGGGCACAGGAGGGAGAUAGAAUCUGUAAUGUCACGUGCUGGCUCUAGUUCUGAGCAGGGCAUUAGAAAAGAAUUGGUGGAUCUCAGUGUUGUCAUCUGAUAUUAGCUGUGCAGAUGACAGGGAAAAAAGGAACUGAAAGGCUGCAGGGCCUGUAGUCAUAUCUCAUCAUCUAUCACAACAGUACCACUUCUGUGUGUAUCAAAUUAUACAAGUUUAAUUUUAUAACCUUUCAGAGGACGGCAUGCAGAAUAUUACUCUUGUUUCUAGUAAGCACUGAAGUUUUGUCAUCCUAAGCCUCACAGCAGUAUAACUUUUGAUGCAUCUAUUAUUUUUGGUUGUGGUAGUGUUCUUCAAAGGAAUGGAACAUGUGGGAUCCACUCAUGGAAAGAAUCCUUUCCUGGCACAGUGGCUUUUCUAUGGCUGUCACUCAGAGGAGCUCUCAAGAAAAACUCUUGAGGUGGACAAAAGAAAGGGGAAAAAACAAGAACAAAGUAGAAAGAAUAUAGUCAGGGGUCAAGUUGGUUGGGAUAAAUGUAAUAUACACUAGGGCUAUAGAAUCUGCUUCUCAGCUGUCAUCAAUCACACUGGUUGUACAUUUGGUCAGAUCUGGUGAAAAGGCUCCACCUACUCUGAUUUUAAAUUGAAAAGAAAGCUGCAUUCUCUGUAAAAUUGAAAGUCUAGUCAGCAAGCAAAGCCUUUGAAAACUGGAAGGCUUCAGGCUUUUGGCCUAACCAAAGUCAGUGAUUCAGCCUUUGACUGAAAGAAAAAAAUUUUCUUCUGAAGUGUUGCACUAACACCUGACUGGAAGUUGAUGCUGAAAUAUCUCGUACCUGCUGCUCUGAGGCAACCUACCAGCUCUGGCACAUGGGCCAAAUUCUUAAUGUCACUUGUGACUGGUAAAUUCCCAAACACCUUGCCUCACCCCAGCAGCCACUUGGGGCGUGUCACCUGGCCAGGAACACCACUCCAUUACAUGAGCAAAGCAGCAAGAACUUACAAAGACCAAUUUCCAAGAUGUGGAAAGUUUCCAGGAUGCAGCAUUUCAAAAAAGCUUUCUGAGUCCAACUGAAACAUCUUGAAAUUCAGAUUUAAAAGUUUGUGAUUAUUAAUCUGGAUGAAAAAUAUGUCAACUUUUUAUUUUGGCCAAAUUCCCAAUAUUUUCUCCAUACUUUUUUUUUCAUUUCCAUCAAAAUCCUCCUUUUUUGUCAACAUAAAGAACAGUUUCUAGUCAUUUUACUAUAAGAAUAUGCAUUGUGCAAAUUCAAACUUUUUGGGACAUAAAUGAAAUAAUUUUUUAUUAUGCUACAGGUAGCUUCAGGAAACAAGAUCUCUCAGUUAAUAAUUUUAAAUCAGUGAAGGAGGAAAAAUCUAUUACAUUGAAAAAUGUUACAUUGACUCUGGAGAGAUCUGUACUUGUUAUUUACUUCACUAGGCCUGUACGUUACUUGAAAAAACAUAACACAGCACAUAAGUUUUUAAAUUAGAAAAAUCAUUGAUACUUUAGUUUAUUUCCUUAAACAAUGAAGAAGAAAGCCUCAAAGACCUUCAUCACAUGAGAGAUGGAAAGAAAGAAGGAGGAAGGGAGGGGAAGGAAGAGAAAAUUAUUUGAUUUCACCAAAUUUCAAGGGUAAAUUUGCUGAACAGCCUUCAGACAACAGUUCUUGAGUAAUUCAAGGAGUGUUUUGAACUGCCUGGCACAGUUCUAAUUAGUACACAUGAAAAUAAUUAUGUAAAAUUAUAAAUAUAUAAUAAUUCAUAAAAUAUUAAGAAAACAUGUACAUUAUUGUUUUGCAUGUUCUUCUGCCAUUCUCACAUGUGGGAGCUGAAAUCUUGAAGUAGUUACAGAUGAAGGAAAAUUCUGGCUCUAGAAGGGCUUGUAUUUAUAUGAGAUUAUAUGCUCUUCCCUUAUAUGUGGGAAAACCCAGAAUUAAGACCUCAGUAAAUGUUUAAAUGGGCAUAAGGCUUUAGAUAUAUUGGUACAGAGGUAGGCUUUAAUACACACAUGUGGAGUAAGUCUGAAAAUCCUUUUAUAAAAUUGCAUGAUCAUUCCUCUGUACAAGUAAGAGGCAGAAUAAUAAUUACAAAAGAUGACCCUCCCUUACUGAUUCCAUACAUUUGUCUGUGGUGAAACAAGAGCCAAGCAGCCUUCAAAAACCACCCCUCAGCACUGCCCAGCAAAAUCAAUAGUAUCCUGCACCAUCACAGCUGCCUACAGCACAGGACAAAACCUGAAAUUUAUGCUCCAAUGUAUGUGGAGUCACAUCACGCAUGGCUAAAUGGUAGUUUCCAGCAAAGCAGGAAGUGUACCAACAGCUUCAGAAAAGGUCACUGCAAAUUAUGCUGCUUCAUAAAGUGAGCUUAUCCAGGCAGAGUGAAAAGAAGACCAAAGGGCAGAGCUAUAUGUUUUCCUAGGGCUCCUAGAGGAGUUUCAGAUACCAUAAAUUCAUUGAUGGAAAGCCUGCUCUUAAUUUAUACUUCCCAGACAUUAAAAACCAAAAAUUAAUCCUUUGAUACAACUCUGUGAGGGAAAUAUGUAUUGCUUCAUUUUCUUUCUGCUCUCUAGCCUUUGCAUCAUUGGCACAUUCACAGAAGCAAUGAAUUUCUUUUCUCCUCCUGCAAAAACAGCAUUGCCUUGUGUGGGUGGGUGUACAGAAAAUGUACAGAGAGAUGUUUUAUCUCUCAUCCUCUACGCAAUGGGUGCAGGACAGAGGAGCCUGACAGGCUCCACAACCACUGGUGACAGGAUGAGUAACAUACCCCAAACUGGUGUCAUGCUCACGACACCAGCUUUAUGCACUUGCCUUCGAGGUAUCAGGCAAGGCAGUGGUUAUUUUCCAGACACACUUUCCAUGGAUGAUUGGGAGAAAUGGAUACAGAGAGCUCCAGGUCAUCUACAGACUAAUCUAAGCAUGUGAAGUAAGGUCAGUGAAGCUGUAGGGUACCAAAUGCCUUCCCUUGUCUGGCCUUCCUUGCCUUUGCAGCAUGUGUGCAGAGGGCACAAAGCACCAUCUCUUAGCACAGUAUAACAUCCAGAUUUGCUGAGAUGCGUCAGAGAAACAGCAACACACCUACAUUGCCCUGUGACAAAUGUUUUUGAUGUCAGGAAAUCCUUUCUCCCUAGCUAUCAAAAUGUUCCACCUCAAAACAGUUGUAAGCAGGACAUGUUUAAAAGAAUUCUUGUAUUUUUUAGAAACAGCAUUCCAAAAUCAGCUAAAAGAAACUACCAAGUGAGUAACAGCAAAGCUGUUAUAGUAAAAAAUUGCUUCCACCUAGAAAAUAUGGUUGUUAUCAUUAUACUUUCCUUUCUUGUUCUCUAUCCGUUUUUUUUUUUGUUUGUUUGUUUGUUUGUUUUUUGGUUUUUUUUUUCUUUUUAACAUAAUGAAAAUCUCUGUAUAUAUAUAUAUAGGUUUCUCUACUGGCCCAUGCAUGUAUACAUACUUUUACUACAGAAAACAACACAGGCUAUUAUUGGUUCCUAAAUUGUUUGUGUAAACAGAGAAGUCUCUCUGGCAUAAUCUAGUGCCCUGUGAAUGGCUCUGAUAGGAGAGCUGAAGAAUACAGAAGAAUAAAACGUUCACUUUGGGAAAUUCAUUCAACCAAGUGUGACUUGGUUAAGAUAAUGCCUUUCCACAGCUAUUGCUAUGCACAGGGGUCCUCUAUAUCUUUCAGCACACUUAUGUCCCCUUUCCAGUUUGAAAAUAGCACGGUGAAGAAUGGCAUUUGUGCGUUCUGUCUACCUACAAAUGAAGCCAUAAAAAUAACAACUUUGGGUUCAAUUCAUUAAAUGAAAUCUCUCUGACCAUGUGUGUGUGGCUUUGUGUGUGUGUAUGUUUGGAGGCAUUUUGGAGGUGGUUACCGUGCUUUGCAAUGUACUAUAUGAAGAAUAUGUAUGAGUCAACUGAGAAGCAGCAUAUUCUGCAGCAAAUAAAAUGCUGAUAAUUAAACAUCUAAACAGGACUUAAAACAUAUGAUGGUUAAUUAUGUUGCUUUUGAAUUACUUACACAUCAGUUUUCCUCUGUGUUUUUUACCAUUAGAUAUCACAAAGUUCUGUGACACUUUUAUCAAUCUAUGUGGGGAUUUAAAAUAUGGAAGAAUUCACAUUUGGUCUUUUUUUAAAUUGAUCAAUAAUCAUACAAGAAGACACAUUCAUUUUCUGUCACUAAAGGUUUUGUAGCUCUCACAGUAAACAAUUUGAAAUGCGUUCUUUAUCCCAUAAAAGAAGAAGCUAAAUUCUAUACAACCUGCUUGUCUAAGAAAAAUGUAUAUAUCUGGAUGCUUCUGGAGUCCAUUUUGGCUUGGAUGUUUGUAGAAGGCUCAAGUGGA